AAUUUACCAGCACUACCAGCUGUAAAUGGUUGUUGAUGAAUAAAACAAUGACAAAAACGACCCUUGAGUGUAAACAAAAAAGACAUUAUCCACUAAUAUAACAAGCCGCGAUCACAGAGCAGACCUAAUUGUGAGAGCACUCGUAAAAUGGUCGAUCCGGUGGCUGCAUUGUGCAAUUUUAAUGUUCUGGAAGUGAUUUUCUCUUACCUGGAUCUGAACGACCUCAGUCGCUGUUCGCAGGUGUGCAGGAGUUGGCAUCAUUUCCUCAAUGACGAAAACUCAGAUGUAUGGCGAUGGCAUUGCCUCCAUAAGUUGCCCAAGGAGGCAAUGAAAUCAGAUCUACUGACCUCCGUCUCGACUUACAAGACAAAACUGAGGGCCUAUUUUCAUGCCUGGAGUCCCAACGACUGUUCCAGAAAUGUAUACAUUAAGCCCAACGGUUUCACCCUGCAUCGCAAUCCUGUUGCCCAGAGUACGGAUGCAGCGCGAGCGAAAAUCGGGUUCCGCCAUGGACGACACGCGUGGGAAGUGAUAUGGGAGGGUCCACUGGGAACUGUAGCGGUCAUUGGUAUAUCCACUAAAGAUGCUGCCUUACAGUGCCAUGGCUAUGUUGCCCUUUUGGGCUCAGACGAUCAAAGCUGGGGUUGGAAUUUAGUUGAGAAUCAUCUGCUUCACAAUGGCGAUAUGCAAGGCAGCUAUCCCCUGCUUUCAAAUGCCCCGAAAUAUCAAGUGGGCGAACGCAUACGCGUCAUACUCGAUUGUGAUGAUAACACAUUAUCAUUUGAGAAGAACUACGAGUUUCUCGGUGUGGCAUUUCGAGGUCUGCCCGAUAAGAAGCUUUAUCCCACAGUAUCUGCUGUCUAUGGCAACACUGAGGUGUCCAUGGUCUAUUUGGGCACUCCACUAGACGGUUAAGUGAUUCGUAGAGCAGCAGAUGCAGCCUUAGUCUUAAUUUGUUUAACAAAUUUGGUAUUUCGUUUCAUUCCACCACAACCGCAAAAACACUUACAGCUACAAAGACAUAGCGUUUCUACUACUACAUCCGUGGACAAUAUAAUACGAUUUAUUAUAUAGGUUCUUCGAAAUAUUAAGCAACGGUCGAUCCCGAUUUGUAAUAUUUUUAGUUAUAUACAUAUUCUACGAGUCUCGAUAUAGUACAUAGUCGAAUUUCCAUCAGUACAUAAAUUUCGGCAAGGCCGAAUAUAGCCUGAGCCUUUUCUGGUUUGUAGUUUGUACAAAAGAGAAAAAAAAAGUAAUAUAUUAUGCAUUUUGUUAAUACGCCAAAGUAAAAGUCCACCUAAUUUCAUCAAAAUGACAACUGCAGUUAGUUGUAGGAACCAAAAAUAAAUGUGUAAAUGUAA